AUGGCUCUCGAGGAGUUCGAACGCCACGUUUCGAAGAAAGGAGGACGCUACCAGGCUCAUCUCCUUAUUCGGGCGCCAGGUCUCGACGCCGGCCACAACUUCUCCGUUGCUAGGCAGAGGCUCUUGCUGCAGCUCCGACGCUUUAAGCAACAACCAGAUCUUCUCGCCCAGUAUGACAAGAUGAUCCAGACUUAUUUUGACGAAUGUCACGCCGAACGAGUUCCCGACCAAGACGUGUCCUUCAAGUCGAGCACGUACUACAUGCCGCAUCAUGGAGUGACUCGACGCCAAGCAGUCACUACCGAACUCAGAGUUGUUAUCGACGCAUCGUCUCAUGCUCCGGGUCUACCAGCCCUGAACAGCGUGCUUAUCGAAGGACCAAAAAUGAAUGAUGAUUUAUUGAAACUGCUGCUCAACUUCAGGUUUCAUCAAAUCGUUAUGGUGGCUGACAUAAAGGAGUACCUGCAGAUGGUCAUUCGGCCCGCUGACAGAGAUGCACUCCAUUUCUUGUGGAUCGCUCAUCUCCCGACGCAGCCUAAACCAUUGAGCCAUUGUUCAGUGGCGGAUGACCCGCGUUCCGUUCGGUGCCACGUCCAGCCUGUUUCUGCUAGCGGUAACGCUGCAUCAUCACUUUUCUGCCACUGA